AUGGCUACGCGCCCACCACGCCCACUCCGAAGAAUGCCUCGCCGCGAGUGGGCGAGUUGUCACUGCCCCGGCCCAGCCUGGCCUCGUGCAGCGCGCGGCAGCGCGUGCGCUCCGAGGGGUCAGCGUUGCGACCGUCGCUGGCGACAGCGCCGCGGACUCCGAGGGCUUCCAUCCUGGAAUUACCACCAGAAGAACGUCUGGAACGGUUGA